AUGGUUCUAAUUCCUGAUUCGAGGAAAUUCUAUGUCUCAAAUUUUGACGUCAAGCGCAUUGCUGAAAUAAUUUUUAAUGAUCUUUCUGAAAUAUCGGAAGAAAUUAAAUUCAAGAUCAGGGUUAGAGUUGUGUCCAGAUCACCAGAUACUAGCCAAGCGUUUUUACAAGAAGUUGUCGUCGUGGCUAACCUAAUUAGCAACACUAAAGAUAACAGAGAUGAGUUUGAAAGUAAUGUUCUUAGACUUGCUAGAGAAGCACGGGCAGUACAAGAAUCAGAGAAUACGACAGUCAACUUGAUAACCACACUACUAGGAGAAGGCUUCGCGCCAUUUCUGCAUGAGGAAGACAACCGAUCAUACACUGAACAUCUGUGGACAACCAGUUCCAAGAUUUCAUUGAAAGGCGGUUGCUGGCAGUCUAAAGGCAAAAAUACUAACUCGUCAUACGUCACACCUGACUGGUCAACUGUGGAGACACUUUAUACAGCGCAAUGUUCAAAAGGAGGCUUUCGUCUUAAACAAUGGCAGCAUAAAGAUAAAUUUAUAGACAUCACAAAUACUUUAUUCUGUCAGUUCGUUGCUAUAAAUUUUACAGAUAUUUCGUUUAACGGAAGCUCCAUAGUGGUGCGCUUCUCUUAUAACAACAGACAUUUUACAUUAACCAGUGCAGCAAAUAUCUCUGUUUUUGGCGACGAAAUUCGUAUUUGUGUUGAUCUUUUUAAGAACCUCACAGAAUCGCCUCUAACUGAGUUUAGUGAUAAUAUAUCAGACUAUCGAUUAGUGCUUGCCACUUUUUAUCUAGAAAUCUUAUGCUCGUCUCUCUCGGCAGUUUGUUUACUGACCUCUUUUGUAACCUACUGUUUGUUUCCCGUGCUGCGCACUUUGCCCGGCCUCAAUAACAUGUGUUUAACUCUUUCUCUAGCUCUGGCACACAUCUUCCUGUUUGUUACGGCUGAGUUUGGCAUUGCUGGAAAACUAAAUCAACACUACUGUUUGGUCCACGCCAUUCUGGUCCAUUACUUCUGGUUGGCAACUUUCAUGUGGAUGAGUGUUUGUUGUAUCCACAUGUACCGAGUGUUUACCUGCCAAAGCACCAAAUUUAUCAACACACGCAGCGAUAGCAGACGACACUUGCACUACUGUAUCUCAGCAUUCGGAUCACCUGUGGUGAUUAUUGUAAUAUAUGUGCUCGUCUGCAUGUGUCUCACAGCAGGUUCCUCCAAUGGUUACAGUAAUACAUAUUGCUUUCUGGACGUCACCGAGUCAAUUUUAACCACUCUUCUGUCACUUGUGCUUCCUCUCUGUCUCACAAUAUUCAUUAAUGGGGUCCUGUAUGUUCUGACUAUUCGAGAAAUGCUUCACGUAACUAGACUGAGAAGAUCCACAGUUGAAAGCAAGGGAGUGCUGACCUAUGUGAAGUUAUCUACCCUUACAGGAACAUCCUACGUUGUUUGCGGAGCGGCCCUUCAUCUGCACAGCCCUGUUAUCAAUCUCCUGGUGUCCCCAGUCAUGUGUUUGCAGGGUGUCUUUAUCUUUAUGUCAUUUAUUUGUAAUAAGAGAGUUAGAAACUUGUACAGGGAAUUGCUCAGACGACACAGUGACCACGUACAAUCAAGUUCAAGAUCAAAGAGAACCGCCUUUACAGAGAUCCCUGCAAGCAAACACAUGACUAAAUCAGCGACCGAACAUUCCAGUUUCUAG